ACUCAACAGCCAUGUCCAGAGACUUCUGACCAUCGCUACCGGACACGGAGCAUGAAUCUGUUUGCUAUGUUUCUGAACAAGAAAACCGAUCAAGUUAUUGAUUGGACCCAAGCUCCCCCUUUUAACAUGCAAAGUUUUACAGAGAACGAUGAUCUUCCGUGUUCUGAUUUUUGGGAAGUUAGCAAAGUAAUCAACCCUUUUUUCCUUCUGUUUGUUUUGCUAUAAAAAUUUGUACUUUAUGGGUUUUGCUAAGGUUUGAAGAAGGAAGCAAGUUAUCUUCGUGAGAGGGAAGCAAGAUAGAAAGAUGUUGUUUUGAGUCUGGUUACCGGGAAAGAUCAUCUACGGCUGAAGAUAAUGCACUACAAAUUUCCAUUACAGAAACCAAACGUUCAAGUGCUUUUCCCUUCUUCAGGUUUUUGGUUUGGUGGAGGGCUUUUUUUCAGUUUCCGCUACAAGUGUAGUAUCUGACUUUAACAUUGUGACACGUUUUUGGGUCAUAAGAUUGUGUUUAGUUUGAAAUAAAAGUUGUGAAGAGUGGAAAUUCUUUAAUUCAACAUCGUUGCUUGAGCAACAUCCUAUGGUAGGUGCUGUGAGGUAAUGAGCUCAACCAGACACAGUCCAUGUCUUCAUCUCUUACAACAAUGGCAAAACCUAACCAUGAAAAAAAUGAAACAAAUCCAUGCUCACACCAUCACCAACAACCUCACUCGCUUCUCCUACAUCUCCAGCAGAAUCUUAGCCUUCUGCUCUUUCUCACCGCGCGGCAAUUUUCGCUAUGCAGAGACCCUUUUCACCCACAUGCCCAAUCCCAAUCUCUUCGAUUACAACUCCAUCAUCACCUCUUACACAACAAAUUCACAAUUCCACAAAUCACUCUCGGUUUUCACCAAAAUGCUCAACACCAACGUUCGCCCCAAUUCGAAUACUUUCACCGCCCUUGUAAAAGCAUGUGUUACACUUUCUUAUCUAGAACAAGUCUUUACUCUAUCCAUGAAAAUGGGGAAUUCAUCUGACGUGUAUUUCGUGAGCUCGGUUAUCAAUGUGUUUUCGAAACACGGAGCAAUACACCUUGCUCGUAACGUGUUCGAUGAAAGUUCUAACAGAAAUGUGGUUUGUUGGACGAGUCUCGUGAGUGGCUAUUGCAGUUGCGGGUUGGUUAAUGAUGCGAGGGAAUUGUUUGACGAAAUGCCACAGAGAAACGACGCGUCGUAUAGUGCUAUGGUUUCUGGGUAUGUUAAGAACGGUUUUUUCAGUGAGGGAAUUGAACUUUUUCGUGAAUUGAAGAAGAACCAGGGUUAUGCACGUGUGAGACCCAAUGGAUCACUUUUUGUGAGUGUUCUUAAUGCGUGUACCAUGGUGGUGGGUACUUUUGAAGAAGGGAAGUGGAUUCAUUCUUAUGUUGAGGAAAAUGGUUUGGAAUAUGAUCUUGAACUUGGAACUGCUUUGAUUGAUUUUUACACGAAAUGUGGAUGGGUAAAGAGUGCAGAGCAAGUGUUUGACAAAAUGCCUGUUAAAGAUGUUGCUACUUGGAGUGCUAUGAUUUUGGGUUUAGCUAUUAAUGGGAAUAAUCUGAUGGCUCUGAAACUGUUUGAAAAUAUGGAGAAGGUUGGACCAAAACCUAAUGAAGUUACUUUCAUUGGAGUUCUCACAGCUUGCAAUCAUAAAAAUAUGUUGGGUGUAGCGUUGCGGUCAUUCGGAAUUAUGACUGAAAAAUAUGGCAUAACACCAUCCAUUGAACACUAUGGAUGUGUGGUUGAUGUUUUGGCUCGAAGUGGACAAGUAAUAAAGGCCUUAAGUUUCAUUAGAAAUAUGCAUAUUGAACCUGAUGGAGCUAUAUGGGGGUCUUUGCUUAAUGGAUGUUUGAUGCAUGGUUAUUUUGAAUUGGGACAGACAGUUGGCAAGUAUUUGAUAGAGUUUGAGCCUCAAGAUAGUGGUAGGUACGUCCUUCUCGCGAACAUGUAUGCCAAUAUGGGUAAGUGGGAAGGUGUUUCUGAGGUAAGAAAAAUGAUGAAAGACAGGGGAGUGGUGAUUGUUUCUGCUUGGAGUUUCAUUGAAAUUGAUCAAACCAUCCACAAGUUUGUUGCUGAUGAUAAGUGUUGUUUGAAUUCAGGAGAAAUUUAUGAAGUCUUAAGUGACUUGGGAAGGAAAGUUGAGGAAUUUUCAGGAGACAAGGAUGCCCUUUUUUUCAUUUGAAAUUUGAAAGAAUAUCUUAGGAAAAAAACCAUUUUUAGAGACAAGAAGCUUUCGCUUAAGGAAAAAAACCAAUUGAUGAAGUUCUUCAAGCUUGUUCAGCAACACUUGGGUGAUAAUGAGGAUGGAAAGAUUUCAGAGGAAGACAUGGAGAGUCCUUUUGUUAGUUUCUUGGAGAAAACUGGGUUGCCGCCAAAGAUAAAAGCGUAUUUACCAUUUCCAUUUCCUAGUGAGAAUUGAUUUACUUUAUAUUAUAUAUAGGACUCUGUUUGUUUAAUUUCCGCACAGAAGCUUAGGAAUUUUUUAGGUUGUGUUCUAUCUGAUUAUUAUAUAUAGUGUUUUUUUUAUGCUAAUGUAUUAGUCUUGAGAUGACUGCAUAACUUCAUAGACUAUUGUUGACUUGAUUUAUAGAUGAUAAUGUUUUGUUA